UUGUUUUCGUUUGCAAAGAGUUUAUAUAUUUUGAACCUCAUUUUCGGUUUUAAAAUAAUUUUGUCGCCAAUACAACUGUACUUUUUCUUGAACCAGCACGAUAGCAUUGUCUAGCGGUUGUUUACAUUCGUUUACCAUGGACGAAAUAGUAGAAAAUGUGAAAAUGGCGCGUGAAUAUGCCUUGCUUGGUAACUACGAUACAUCUUUGGUUUAUUUUCAAGGAGUUUUACAACAGAUACAGAAGUACGUUGUAGGAAUUGUUGAUCCUGUACGCAAGCAGAAAUGGCAUCAGAUUCGUCAAGAGCUUGCACAAGAAUAUGAACAAGUUAAUGACAUGAACAAAACAUUGAACAAUUUCAAGAAAGACCCAACCCCACGCCAUUAUGGUGGGGCAGGGGGAUAUGAAGAGCCGACAAGAGAUCCAGAGGUCUGGCCUCCACCCACUCCGGUUGAACGAGAGAAAAGGAAUGUGAGACCAGCUCCGAGACCAGUAAGAAGAGAAGAACAGGCUCUGUCGAAACCUGCUGCCCGGAAGCCUUCUAAUUCCCGCAGGUCUGAAGCCAAACCGCCAGAACGUGGACGUGGAGCCCCCGCAGCAUCCAAAAAUCCCUCAAGGAACGAGAGGGACAAUCGUGGUGGUGGGCGUGGAAAGAAGGAUGAAGAGAAACCAGAGUCAAAAGAUUCAGAAGAUGAAAAGAAAUUUGAUUCAUCUGGCUACGACAAGGAUCUUGUUGAGGGAUUGGAAAGAGAUAUUUUACAAAGGAAUCCAAAUGUCCAUUGGUCAGACAUUGCAGAACUGGAUGAAGCGAAACGACUUCUAGAAGAAGCUGUUGUCUUGCCAUUGUUGAUGCCACAGUAUUUUACUGGACUACGACGACCAUGGAAGGGUGUGUGUAUGGUGGGACCUCCAGGAACUGGUAAAACAAUGCUGGCGAAAGCUGUGGCAACAGAAUGUGGCACAACCUUCUUCAAUGUUUCCUCUUCAACUUUGACAUCAAAAUAUCGCGGAGAAUCUGAAAAACUUGUGAGGUUACUUUUUGAAAUGGCGAGGUUUUAUGCUCCUAGUACAGUGUUUAUCGAUGAAAUAGACUCGAUUUGCAGUCGACGCGGUACAGAGAAUGAACACGAAGCCAGUCGUCGGGUGAAGUCGGAACUUCUCGUGCAAAUGGACGGCGUGGACGGAGCCACUUCUGCUGAUGGGAAACUGGUGAUGGUCCUAGCAGCGACGAACUUUCCUUGGGACUUAGACGAAGCCUUACGAAGACGUUUGGAAAAACGAAUAUACAUUCCACUGCCAACAGCCAAGGGGAGACUUGAACUGUUGAAAAUAUGCCUCCGUGAUGUCGCACUUGCUGAAAAUGUUGUCCUCGAGGAAGUUGCCGAGAGCAUGGAUGGUUAUAGUGGUGCUGAUAUUACUAAUGUCUGCAGGGACGCAUCGAUGAUGUCAAUGAGAAGACGUAUUCAAGGUCUCACUCCGGAACAGAUCCGAAAUCUGCCCAAAGAGGAGCUGGAUCUGCCAGUCAAUAUGGACGAUUUCAAAGAAGCUUUGAAGAAAGUUUCAAAGUCCGUCUCAGAAGCAGAUAUUAAGAAGUAUGCAGAAUGGAUGGAGGAAUUUGGAUCUAAAUAAGAGUUUAGACAUCCACAAGUCAUAAUUAUAGAUAUAUGUAGAAUAUUGAGUAAUUCUGUAAUUCUAACGU